AUGAAUAAUAGUUUAAAACGAUGUGAUGCUAGUGGAGUAGAUUUAUUAAUGAAUAAUCAUCAAAGUUUAAAAGUUGAAAUUGAUGUUCGACAAGAAAAUUUUACUAUGUCUAUUAAUUUAGAUGAUGCAGCAACAAUGGCUACUGUUGUUAUUGGUAUCGUAGCCAUUAGUGUUAAUCGUUAUUGGUCAACAGCUUAUCCGAUUUCUUAUAGAAAAUAUGUUCGACAAUAUUUUGUUUAUUUAAUUAUGACAGCCGUUUGGUGUCUUUCGUUUAGUAUAUGA